CCGGGUCAUCCGUCGCGCUCGCACCGAGCCGACGAGCGCGAAGAAAGCGACGACCAUUGCCAGGUGGAAAGUGCAUCCACGGAGGGUGGGCGCACCGUUGACCGUACAGCCGUUUGGCGCACUCAAGUUGCAGUGGCUGGAUGUGGCAUGGGCUGAGGUUCUAUUCACGUUGCGAGAGUACCCGAAGCGCUUCAAGAUGAACAAGGGCACCUACAAGAAGAUCAUGAUCGCCGGCAUCAUCAUCGCCGUGCUGUCCAUCGUCAUCGGCUGGUUCGGCUUCCCUGCACUGGUCAACAUGAAAAUCGGCAAGAGUGUUGCACUGCGUAAGCCCAACGACAUGCGAAACAUGUGGGCCAAGUCCCCCAUCGCCAUAGAUUUCCGCGUGUACAUGUUCAACGUCACCAACCCCGAGGAGGCAGCCAAGGGGGCGGUGCCCAUCGUAGCGGAAGUCGGCCCGUAUUUUUAUCACGAGUGGAAGGAGAAAGUAAACAUCGAAGACCACCCAGAGGACGACACCGUGUCAUUCCGAAUGAAGAAUACUUUCAUCUUCAACGAAACGAUCAGCGCCCCCCUCACGGGGGAUGAAAUGGUCACCAUCCCUCACGCUGCCAUGCUGAGUAUGGUCUACACUGUGGAGCGUGAGAAGCCCGGGGCGCUGGGCCUGCUCGCCAAGGGCAUCAAGUUCCUCUUCAACAACCCCACCACGCCGUUCCUAACCGCUAGGGCCCGGGAUAUUCUAUUUGACGGCGUCCCCAUCAACUGCACAUCCAAAGACUUCGCCACCUCCGCCAUCUGCACCAUGAUACGGACUAAUCCGGCUGGACUGAAACCCGACGGUGACGAUAUAUUUUUGUUUUCGUUCUUCGGAAUGAAAAAUGGAACUGCCGAUACGCAAAAGCUGGAAGUGAAGCGGGGGGUCGUGGACCCUCAGGAGGUUGGAUUAGUUGUCAAAGUGAAUGACAAGGAGAAAUUGGACGUUUGGAGCGGAGACCCUUGCAACACGCCCAGCGGAACGGACUCCACCAUCUUCCCGCCUUUCCUCAAAUCAGAGGACGGCAUCACUGCCUACUCAACAGACCUGUGUUUAUCAAUCGUUGCCAAGUUCGAGAAGGAAGUCGUUUUCAAGGGCAUACCCGGCAACAGGUAUGUCGCAGACUUCGGGGACAUGUCCUCUGACCCGGACAAGCAGUGCUACUGCCCCGCUCCGGGGAAAUGUCUGAAGAAGGGACUGAUCGACAUCACAAAAUGUGCAGGUGCCCCCAUUGUGGCGUCGCUGCCACACCUGUACCUGACCCACGACGACUACCGCAUGAUGGUCAAGGGCCUGAACCCCGACCCCGCCAAGCACGAGAUCAAUAUGGUGUUCGAGCCGAUGACGGCCACGCCGGUGAGCGCGCGCAAGAGGCUGCAGUUCAACAUGUUCACCCACCCGGUGGCCAAGAUCCCCGUCAUGAAGACGAUGACCAACGCCCUCAUCCCGAUCUUCUGGGUGGAGGAGGGCGUCGAUCUGCCCGACGAGUUCGUCAACAUGAUGGAAGCGCAGCUGUUCCGCACGCUGCGAGUGGCGGGCGUGGGCCGCUGGAUCGGCGUGGGGCUCGGCAUGCUCAUGUUCAUGGGGGCGCUGGCCAUGUACGUCAUGCAGCGCCAGUCCGUCACCAUCACGCCCUCGCCCACCAAGAACGGCAAGACGUGAGGGGGGCGCCGGCACGCGGGGUGGUCGAGCGGGGGAGACAAGAGUACUUAGUUUGGGAACAGUCACGUGAGACACCCUGAAAAGAUUGCAGCUUGUUGAUUCACUGACCCCUGCUGGCGAGGGAUUUUAGGUGGAAAAAGACAGGUGGGCUGCGAAGUAGCUCAAUUUUUUUGUUUGGACAAGCUCAGGGUGAAACGUGCAUCAAUUAUAGGUUUAAUUUUUGCUGCUAGUCAUUUUUUUUUGUUAAGUUGUAAGAUUGUAGCAUAUGUAUGUGGUAAUUUUAGUUAUAAGUGCUCAUGACUGAAAUGUUGCUGUGCUUACUGCUCAUUUCUUCAAACAGCAUGAUCCUCUAGUUCGUUCGAUGGUAAUAGUAGAUAGGUUGGUGGUAAUGCUUUGAGUGCGCCUCCUGUAGCUGCCAAGUGUAUCACUUGCGGUCUCGUCAUAAAUGUGAUUUAGUUGCUAGAAAUUUACAAGUAAUACACCGUCCUAAGCCGACUGUACAGAAAAGUUUUCUGUACAAACGGACCGAAGUCUUGCACAUCAUCAAAACUAAUGUCUAUUUUAGCCGAGCACCGGUCAAAAAUUGAAGCGUGGAUUAAGGAUGCACCGGGAUAGCCAAAAGCCGCCCCAGUGCGGAAGUUU